GAUCAAUCAAUCGCCGGACUCCCCCCUCCCCCGGGUUCUGUGUUGAACCACCACCUGAAAUUAUCAAACCUCUUUUUUUCUUCCUCUUUCUCGCCUCCCUCCCAUCCUUUUUCUUUCCCUCCUCGCCCUCCUCUCGUCCUCCUCUUCUUCAUCCUCUCUCUCCCUAUCCGGCCAAGGCUGUUUCUCCGAGGUGGUCAGUCAGGAUCAUCUUGCUGCCCCUAUCUUCUUCGUCAUCCUCCCUCCCUAGUAUCUCCUUGCUGUGUGGAAACUCCUUCCGUCCGGUGCAUCUCGACCCUCUUAACCUCGGGGUCUCUUUGAUCAAUUGCUUUAGUCUUCUCUCGUAAAGCUUGCCAGCCCACAAGAGGACGAACCGCACAACAUGUCCUCCACAGCUCUUCCCAAGCGCGUUGCGCUGCACCGCAACCCUACCACCGACUCCUCGGUGGCCAGCUCCAUCGCUCCUUCUCCGAUGGACAGCCCGCGCCAGUCUCCUUCGACCACCUCUCUGUCGUCGCUGGCUUCCGAGGCCGAGGCCCGCAGCAAGAUGCUGGACACCUAUGGCAACGAGUUCAAGAUUCCUGAUUUCACCAUCAAGCAGCUCCGCGAUGCCAUUCCCGCUCACUGCUUUGAGCGCCGGGCCACGACCAGUCUGUACUAUGUCUUCCGCGAUUUGUUCUGGCUGGCCACCAUAUUCUAUGUCUUCCACAACUAUGUGACCCCGGAGAACAUCCCUUUCACGCCCCUUCGCACCGGAUUGUGGGCCCUUUACACCGUCGUGCAGGGACUCUUUGGAACGGGUAUCUGGGUUUUGGCCCACGAGUGUGGACACCAGGCCUUUUCCCCCUCCAAGGUCCUGAACGACACUGUUGGUUGGGUUCUGCACUCUGCUCUGCUGGUGCCUUACUUCUCCUGGAAGAUCUCUCACGGAAAGCACCACAAGGCCACUGGUAACCUUGCCCGCGACAUGGUCUUCGUCCCCAAGACUCGCUCGGAAUUCGCUACCCGCGUUGGCAAGGCUGUUCACGAACUGAACGAUCUGAUGGAGGAGACUCCCAUCCUGACUGCGUCCAAUCUGGUCCUCCAGCAGCUGUUCGGCUGGCCCAUGUACCUCCUCACCAAUGUCACCGGCCACAACAACCACGAGCGUCAGCCCGAGGGUCGUGGCAAGGGCAAGAAGAACGGCUACUUUGGCGGGGUCAACCACUUCAACCCCUCCAGCCCCCUGUACGAAGCCAAGGACGCAAAGCUCAUCUUCUUGAGCGACAUCGGUCUUGCCAUCACUGGAACCGUUCUGUAUCUCAUUGGCUCCAAGUACGGCUGGAUGAACCUUUUGGUCUGGUACGGUCUCCCCUACCUCUGGGUGAACCACUGGCUCGUUGCCAUCACCUACCUUCAGCACACCGAUCCCACCCUCCCCCACUACCACCCUGAUGUCUGGAACUUCGUCCGUGGUGCUGGCGCCACCAUCGACCGUGAUUUCGGCUUCGUCGGCCGUCACAUUUUCCACGGCAUCAUCGAGACCCACGUUCUCCACCACUAUGUCAGCACCAUCCCCUUCUACAACGCGGAUGAGGCCAGCGAAGCCAUCAAGAAGGUCAUGGGCAACCACUACCGUACCGAGGCCCACACCGGAUGGACCGGAUUCUUCAAGGCCCUGUGGACCAGCUCCCGUGUCUGCCAGUGGGUUGAGCCUACUGAGGGCGCUGAGGGCGAGAGUGCCGGUGUUAUGUUCUACCGUAACAUCAACGGUAUCGGUGUCCCUCCUGCCAAGGUUGCCCAAUAGAUCCGUUUUCGGUUAAUACAUAGAACGCGUGUCAAAUAUUUUUUUUUUUUUUUUUUUGCUUUUUU